GUGAUGAAUUGUGCACUAUGUUUUUUCAGAAGAGUCUGCUACGUCUUUAGUUUCCCCUGUUUAACAUGAUCAAGUUCUUCAGCAGUCAGGCUGCAAAUCCAGCGCCCAAAAUAAGAGCACACAAGGGAUGGGUGAGCGUCAUUGGUCUAGAGAUCCAUGCACAGAUUGCAUCCAAAACUAAGCUCUUCUCAGGGUCUAAGGUGCAAUUUAUGGCGCCACCCAAUUCUCUGGUCUCCUACUUCGAUGCAUCUCUUCCUGGGACACUUCCAGUAUUAAACAGGCGUUGUGUUGAAGCAGGUGUCCUAACAUCACUGGCACUUUCAUGUCAAAUCAACAAACGAUCAUUAUUUGAUCGCAAGCACUACUUCUAUGCAGACCUGCCGUCAGGGUACCAGAUCACUCAGCAGAGACUUCCCAUUGCAGUGAAUGGUCAGAUUACUUUCACAUUAUUUGACAAGAAACAUAAAGAAAAGCCAACAAGUCACAGAAUAAGAAUCAAACAAGUUCAACUUGAGCAAGAUUCAGGAAAGAGUCUUCACGAUGACGUCAAUCAUGAGACGCUGGUCGAUCUCAAUCGAGCUGGAGUUGGAUUGAUGGAGAUCGUGACCGAACCAGACUUGUCAAGCUCACUGGAAGCAGCAACCUUAGUCAGAGAGUUACAACUCAUUCUACAAUGCAUCGGAACGUGUGAUGGGCGUAUGGAUGAGGGCUCCCUUCGUGUUGAUGCCAAUGUCUCUGUGAACAGACCAGGUGACCCACCAGGUACAAGGGCAGAGGUCAAGAACAUCAACAGUGUCCGCUUUGUUAGGAAUGCUAUAGACUAUGAGAUCAAAAGACAAAUAGAGCUCCUUGAAGAUGGUCACGAUGUCAUAGCAGAAACACGCUCCUUUGAUCUUAAAACAGGGCAGACUGUCCCCAUGCGUGACAAGGAAGGAAAGCAAGACUAUCGUUUUAUGCCAGAGCCUAAUCUACCACCACUCAUCCUUUAUGAUAGUAACACCAUUAAUAAAGCCUCUCAUAACAGCAGUAUUGUGAAUAUUGAUGAGGUCAGGGGUCAGCUGCCAGAGUUACCAGAAGCUAAGAGACGAAGGCUUGUUGUGGAUUAUGGCAUAAGGCUGGAUAGUGCGGUCAAGCUUGUGAAUGAAGAUGGUUUAGUGGCUUUCUUUGAAGCUGUAAUCCAAGACAAUUCUGAGCGAGAUCCACAAAAGAUUGUGAAUUGGAUUGAGACUGAACUCCUGAGGUGCCUUAAUGAGUAUGACCUCCAUGUUGCUGAAAGCCCACUUGACUCUGCUACACUAGGUGAGCUUUGUGAUCUAAUGAGGGAUGGAACAAUUUCUUCCAAAAUUGGGAAGAAGAUCAUGACAGAAAUAUUUGACGGUAACACAAGAACCAUUCAAGAGAUGAUCAAAGACGGUGACUGGGCACAAAUUACAAACCGAGAGGAACUGAGUCAACUUUGUGAUCAAGUUUUACAGAAUAAUCAACAAGUGGUUGAAUCUUACAAAUCUGGUCACAAGAGAGCCAUCAAUCGCCUGAUGGGGGAAGUGCAGAAAGUAACACAUGGCAGAGCAGAUCCUGUCAUCAUUAUGGACUUAUUCACUUCCAAACUAAAUAGGUAGCAUUGAUCCUGGUCUACAUAGAACUGAAGUAGGAUGGAGCUAAUGGAACGCCAUAUACCAUUAGCAGGUUGAUGUAGAAGUUAUGUUGUCAUCAAGGAUUGAUGUAGAAGUUAUGUUGUCAUCAAGGAUUGAAUAAAGAGCAACAACAGCUGCUUAGACUAAGUGCAUCAUCUGGAUAUCUUAAAGUUUUAUAAAGCUGUUCAUUACACAGUGGUUUAUCUAUGGAUGUAAGCUGUGUACAAACCAAUACAGUAACAUUGUAUUUUUUGGGACAGAUGUGCAUUAUAAAAAAGGUGUCAUGA